AUGACUCAACAGUACCAACAAUUCCGAAAAGCUGGCAUCAUUGAAGAAGUCGGUGUCAGGACUGCCUCCAUCUCUGCAAGCAAUGGCAACUCAUCAUACUAUGUGUGUUUACAAGACAUUCAGGAUGUGUUUCCAGAUGCACAGCGAUUCAAGCUGGAUGAACAUCCCAUCCUGUUCCUUCAAGACUCUAAUGGCAACAGAAUCGAACCCCCAUGCAUUGCAUUCUAUCCUGACAAGAUCCUGGAUGUCAUUACAGAUGGACCACAGGUCUGCAAUAAUAAUAGCAGCAGUAAUAGUAGCAGCUCCAGCCUUAAAACGACUACGGAUUUGAUCCUAGAGACUAAAGAAAACGCCAAAAAGAUGCUUGACUUGUUACUGGAAGCCAAAAAGAAGGACGACGAAAUGCUUAAACUGCAGCAGCAAGUUCUUGACAGACUUGCUAUCCUUAUCCAGAACUUUGAGUUACAUGAGUACCCAAUCCCUCGACUCUUUAUAGUCCUGCCUGUUGACACCACCAAGUGGGACCCAAGGAAUAUCCUGAGGAGCAAGUUCCGCCUUCAUUUCCUUUGUGAAUGUGGAGAGCACACUGCAACGAUAAGCAAAAGCAAUCAGAACCAGAUCCAUAUUGCCAAACAUGAAGGAUAUGACAUCCGAAACAGCACAGAGUUCUUUCGCAAGUAUGGAAAGUACAUGCUUAUCCUUUUACAUUCUCUCAAAAUGGGGAUGCCUUUGACAGCUUCCCUGGUACCAACUCCUAAUCUCGAUGCCGGUAUCGACUAUUCGAUCAAAUAUAUGGAAGCACUCCCUAAUGAGUACCCAGUCUUGAGCAAGAUCAACAAAAUCGGUGAGUGUGAGGCACUUGAAGAAGCCGAUCUUCGGCAACUGGGGAAAUUCCUUCAAAACAAUGAUGAAGACAAACAACUUGGCAACUUGUACAGCAUCACGACAGAGACAGGCCAUGUCAAAUGGGUCUGUUUUGAUCACUAUCGCUCAACAUAUAGAGAAGCAGAACAAAAAGCGUUCGAAAAGGUAGUGGAGCUGAAUGGCGGCGAAUAUGACUUGCACCUAGGCAAAGUGACCAUCAUAUUGAAGACCAAAACAACAGCUGAAGAAUUCUUCAAUGUGCUGACCGAUGCGAGACGUGUUUACGAGUUGGAUAUCAGUUUUGACUGGAAUUGGAGUAAAAGUGAUCUUGAAGCAUUUGAAGAAGCACUAAAGAAGUCAAGUGUAUCGAUCCUUCGGCUUGAACUCGGAGAGUUUCAAGAAAGCACCACCAAAGAAAUACUUUCAAUGGCUCCCAGAUAUGGAAUGCUUGUUCACAUCAUAGAACUUAGCAGCAUGAAGGCGAUCCAUAUUGUUUUACCUCCGAACACUAUAAAGGCCCCCAGUUUACGACUCAGCAGGCCACCACACCUUCAAAAGCUAACUAUUGAGAUGAAGCCUCGAGAGAUUGAUGCUAUUCUGGAACUAUCAGAAGCACUCAAGACUAACAAGACUUUGACCACGCUGGAUUUGAUGUGCAACCGAAUUGGGAAGGAAGGAGCUCUUGCACUGUUAGAAGCACUCAAGACUAAUACAACUUUGAUUACUUUGGACAUGGAGUACGACUCGCUUGGAAAGGAAGGGGCUCUGUUACUGUCGAAGACGAAUACAACUUUGACUUGUUUGGACUUCAGUAGUAAAUCAAUUGGGGAUGAAGGAGCUCUUGCACUGUCAGAGGCGCUCAAGAUCAACACAACCUUGACUACUUUGAACUUGCGUUACAGCUCAAUUGGGAAGAAAGGAGCUCUUGCACUGUCAGAUGCACUUAAGACUAACACAACCUUGAGUAUUUUGCGCUUGAGGCACAACUUAAUUGGGAAGGAAGGGGCUCUUGCGCUGUCAGAGGCACUCAAGGCCAACACAUCCUUGACUACUUUGGACUUGUUCAGCAACGCCAUUGGGAAGGAAGGAGCUCUUGCGCUGUCAGAGGCACUCAAAGCUAACGCUACCUUGACAACUCUGGACUUGAGGUACAACUCAAUUGGGAAUAAAGGAACAUUUGCAUUAUCAGAGGCACUCAAGGCUAACGCAUCCUUGACUACUUUGGACUUGAGGCACAACUCAAUUGGGGAUGAUGGGGCCCUUGCACUGUCAGAGGCACUCAAGGUCAAUACAACUUUGACUACUUUGAACUUGCAUUACAACUCAAUUGGGAAGGAAGGAGUUCUUGCGCUGUCAGAAGCGCUCAAGACUAACGCCACAUUGACUAAAUUGGACUUGAGGGACAACUCAAUUGGAAAGGAAGAAGCCCUUGCACUGUCUGAGGUGCUCAAGACUAUUGCGGCGCGGAUCCGUUUUACGUGA